AUGCGCAAGCGUCUUCGUGUCACCAUAUUGCUCUUUUGUCGUGAUAUCUCCACCUCAGAGCCUUCCGCUUCGCAUAAAUAUCAAUGGCGACACUCAGGAUUUUACCGCCGAUUUCCCGGAUCUCUUGCCACUCCUAGCAGCGAAGACCACCAACGUCGGAUCUUAUCAUCACACAAAAGCCGGUAUCCCAGGACAGCGCCAAAAUCUCUGAAAGUAGUCAUUGCCGCUCUUCGAUGGCCGCCAAACCUUUCUCCUCAUCAUCUAUCUGCCAGACCUCGCAAUGUCGCAACGACUGUCGGAUUGUCUGUGGACCACAGCACAUUGCCCAGUAGUCCGUACAUGCAUAUCGAUCAGAGGACGGGCAAGUCAGCCCAACCACAGAUCCUUGUCUCCCGGAACGGACAAGGUCUGUCCAUGCAUGACAUUGUCGAUGUAUGUCCGAUGACCGAGGCUGACUAUUAUUUCGGAGCAAUGACGAACGACAGUCGCACCGUUACUCGAGGGCUGCUCUGUUGGUCCUUGAGCAUCUAUUGCCCCAAACCAAAACAGGAUAAGCAUAUUUUCAUCGGCAAGUCCAAGGCAAGAGAGCGAGGCUGCCUGUUUCAUACUGUUUUCGCAGACAAAUGCCAUGUCGACCGUUAUUCAACGUUCUUUCGACAUCUUGCCUAUAUGCAUUGCCAGCGUUUAGUCAUUGGCGACUAG